ACUUGCUUCGCAGCACACGUUUUUAAUAAUCUGUUGAAGUUGAUCAGGUCGGCAGCUGUCUGAGGUUGCUUGAAGAACUCAGAAGCAAUUGAACUACUAAAUAUUUUAUGUGAUAAAACAGGACUUCACAUACAAGUACAUAAGAUGGCGAGUAGAAAAGCUGUAAUUCGCUGUAAAACCUGGCCUCCAGAGAGAAAGAAAGAGGUUUCGUUAGACAAAGAUUCCAACAUGACUGAUGCAAUAAGGGAAACUCUGAAGGCUAUAGAUUUAGAAGAUUUUAUCAUCAGUGAUGAAUCCAUAAAAACCAUUCAGCUGGUUGCUGAACUGCCCCAACAAAUGCCAACUGUUCUUGAAGGCGCUGGUGCCCAAAUGAGACCAACAAGAUGCCAAGAAUCACUGGACGCUAUUGGUGGAAGACCAGUAGUGGAUUAUUUAGGCCGUCGGUGGUUAAUUUUCAUCCGAAAAGAGGGCAAAGAUCAAGCAACAGAUUAUUUAGUUUCAUUUAAUUAGAAUAAUUUUGGCAUGAUCUGUCAAAUUCGUUUUAAACACAAAUACUCGCAAGAACUUUUAAAAUAUUUGCUUUUAGGCUAGGUGCUUUGCCACUAUUUGCACUGAACAGUCUUCUGAUCACCUCACACCUGCUUUGUCCAUCUGCAAUUUCUUAUUUUUGAAUUUCUUUCAAGAACCUUUAGGCCAAAAGUUGUCAAAAUCCAUCAUAACUGGAUAAAGGAUUUUUUCUUUAAUGAAAGGCCAAUUUUAAUCCAUUUUCUUUAAACAGAUAACCAGCAAAAAAAAAAAAAAAAAAAAAAACACUGUAGAGCCGUUAAAAUUAAAAAUGAUUUAAGUCUCUGCUAUAACAAUGUUUAAUUGACCACCGUCAUCACGCAUCCAUCUCUGCUGGGGUUUUCUUUUUUUAUAAUUCUUUAUUUUUGUUUUACACAUUCUGUUAUUUAAUACAAUAAAUGAUUAAUAACA